UGCUUGCAUUGCGUCUAUGCCUUUACCGGAGCCGCACUUACUAAUUCCCCGGGUUAUGUAAGCCUGAAACCCUCCGAAACCAUUGCUUUCCUCUGACAUGAUCGAAAUCUCCUGACCAGGGUCCGAAACUUCCCCUGAUUCUAAUUCUCUCUGGAUCGGCGACUCUUCAUAAUCAACCUGUGAAGAAGUUGUGGGUAUGUAUUGCCCCUGUUAUGAUGGUUACCGAUCAGAUUGCCGCAUCAAUCGUUAGGGGGUCAGAUCAUGCGCAUGCCUUUUUUCAGGGGCGGUUCGGCGCUAAGUCGUUCCCGGCCCCUGGAGACAUUCCAUAUGAACGACUACCGGUGUUGCGGUUGGGUUUCUUCUUUAUCCCUCACCAUUGCCUGAGCUCGACGAUGUCCUCAAGUAGAAUACUUGUCCCUAAUCCCCGUGUUGUCGACUUCGAUAGACAGGCCAUUGAAGCGCCGUUCACACGGAAGCCUGGCCAGACCGGACACUAUCGCGCUGCGUUACAUCCCGAGCUAUUGACGAUGGAUUCCCCCGACCUGCCGUGGAAGACUGUGCCCGAGAUCCUUGACGACGCGCUUGCCCGCUAUCCCCAGAAUUACCGUUGGCUAGGCAGGCUUCCGAUCGUCAAGCCCGCAACGCUCGACACGCCUGUAGAGUACGGAACGGAGUACGAAUGGAUGACCUACGCAGAGGGCGCGAGACGGGUGAAGGAUAUAGGGAGCGGUAUUGAAUUGUUAUACGAGGCAGGGCUUUUGGGGAAGAACGACCAGGGUCUUGAGACAGUUGGGAUAUGGAGCAAGAAUUGUCCAGAAUGGCAGUUGAUAGAUCAGGGGCUGAUGUCGUUCAGUCGGGUCAAUGUCGCACUCUACGACACUUUGGGGCACGAUGCUUGUGAAUACGUCAUCAACCAUGCCGCAAUUCAGCUCGUGUUCGUUUCCGAAGAACAUUUGCAGGAAGUCCUGGCGUUGGGCCGGGGAAAAUGUCCGUGCUUGAGGAUAGCCAUCUGCAUGGACGAUCAUAAGCCUACCACGCUUGCUUCUUUCGAGACUUGGGCACAGGAGAAGGGCGUCAAGGUGAUGUCUCUGAGACAACGUGAGUGUGUUCUGCUUGUAUUUUCCUCUGCCGCUUACAUGGUUUGCAGUGGAACAACUUGGCAGCGACCACCCAAGAGGAACUCGAUACCCCAAGCCGAAGGAUAUUGCAAGCAUCUCGUAUACUUCAGGUACUACCGGGAUGCCGAAAGGUCAGCAACUUGUCUUGCGAUAAUACGCUCCGCUCAAACAGUUCAAGGCGUGGUGCUCACGCAUGAGAACCUCGUGUGCUGCGUCUAUAGCUGGCUCAUAGGCGCCAUGCCAGACCUUCCGCCAAACGCAGUCUAUUGCUCUUGCUUGCCGCUCGCGCACGUAUAUGCUCACGCGAUGGACCAGACCGUCACUGCCCUGGGUCUCGCAGUGGGGUAUUCGACCGGCAACCCUCUCCGGUUGCUGGAAGACUGCCGCAUCCUCAAGCCAUUCGCCAUGACCGUCGUCCCCCGCAUCCUGAACCGUCUGUACGGAGUCAUGCAGCCUGUGGUCCGCGCACCAGGGUUCAGCGGGGACUUAUUGCGACAUGGGCUCAAAGUGAAGCUCGCCAAUCUUCACUCGACAGGCACCGUCAAGCACGCAGUGUGGGAUGCCCUCGUCUUCCGGAAGAUCGCCGCUCUCCUAGGGGGAAACCUGCGCUAUAUACCUCUAGGCGCAGCGCCCAUUUCGGGCGAAGUGAUCGAUUUCGUCAAGGUUGUUCUGUCCGCUCAGGUGCUCCAGGGAUACGGGAUGACAGAGAGCGCAGGGGCAGCAACGAGGAGCUUUGAAGGGGACCCGUUGCCUGGCGGUUUCGUGGGCUGGCCUUUACCAGCUAUGGAGAUCAAGCUUGUCUCUGUGCCUGAGAUGGGCUACAGAGCUGAGGACAAGCCAGACCCGAGGGGCGAGGUGUGCAUUCGUGGGACCUGUGUUACCAAGCAGUACUACAAGGACGAGGAGCUUACCAGGCAGACCAUUGACGCCGACGGAUGGCUCCACACUGGGGAUAUCGGAUCCUUCGAUUUCCGAGGAAGAUUGCGCAUCAUGGACCGGAUUAAGAACAUCGUCAAGCUGUCGCAGGGGGAAUACGUCGCGCUAGAGAAGGUAGAAGCAGCGUAUAGCACGCUGCCGAUCGUGUCCCAGAUAUUCGUGCACGGGGAGGGGAAGGAGAGUUACGUGGUGGCGGUGGUCAUUGCUGACCGGGCGGCGCUGGCUGCCCUUGCUGGCGAGGUAUGGGGAAAGGGAGUAGCUCACACAGACGAGCCUGCUCUGCUCCAGGCAGCGGGGGACGCCUCCGUCGUAGGGAGAGUACUUGAGCAAAUGAUCGCCCAAGCUUCGCAUGAGCGGCUCAAAGGGUUCGAGAGUGUGAAAAGAGUCGUUUUGGCCCUGGAACCAUUCACGAUCGAGAAUGGCCUCCUAGCGUCCACGCUCAAGAUCAAACGAGCGGCGGCAGUCACGAGAUACAGGAAGGAGAUCAACGCUCUGUACGCUCUGGGCGAGCCGGCCAAGUCGCACAAGGGGCAAGCGAGGCUGUGAGCUUCUCCAUACGCUGAAGUAGCUACAUCUCGCGCGGUUUAGUUGACUAAGGAUGCUCGAGAAGAAUGUGUGGUA